AUGAGCAUGGGCCUUGGAGAUGAUGGUGAUGGGCCUAUCUCCAUUGGAAUCUGUGGCUGGGAUGCUCUGGAGGCCUAUGGGUGCAUGGAUUUUGGGUAUGAUGAGGCCUAUGGCAGCAUGAGCAUGGUGCUGGAUGAUGGUGGCACUGAUGAGAAUGGUGGUGGUGCUCCCUUUGAAGAUGGGCAUCAUGAGCACUAUGGGCCUACCAGCAAUGGCUUCUCUGGGCAGCAUGGGAAUGAUCAGCAGUGCACUGGUGAUCCUUUUUUUGAUUGGUGUGAGUUAGAUGAGGCAUUUAAGAAGCAAAGGCAUGAGGCAUUAGCACAGAAAGUGAAGGAGUUAGUAGCAAAGAUGAGGUGGAGGAGGUCAAAGGCAUUUUGGAGUAGAAAAAAGAAGGAUGAGAAGGAGCAAAGGAUGAACAUGAGGCAGAUGCAAAGGAUGAGGAAAUCAGGCAACACCAUGAGCACCUACUUCAACUGGGAGGAGCUGGAUAAAGUAGAGGAGGAAAUGGAGAUGGGCCACAGGAAAAUGCAAACUUUGCAUUUUCCUGUGGCCCAGAUGAAGGAAACAUGCACCCCCAUGAGUGAAGAAGAGAAAGACUUUGAGGAAGAUGAGGUGAUAGAAAGUGAGGCUGAAGCAGUAGCAGAGACAAAGGCUGAUGAGGGAAGCAAUGAGGUUAAGACAGAGGCAGCAGAGGAAUUGGAGUUGGAAGAGGAACCACAGCUGCCUCCCAAGAAAAGAGAGAAGAAGAUUGAGGAUGAGAUCAGAGUGGAAGAAGCAGAUGGAGCAGCAUGGCCUCAGCACAUCAGAGCAGCAUGUGGAAGGAAGAUCAGCAAGAAGAGGGAGCUCCAGGCCAAGAAUGAGCAGGGAAGCAUCAGCAAUAAGGAGAAGAAAGAUCUGGGGAGCAGCACCAAAAUGUUGAAAGGACUGGAAGAGCCAAAGAAUCUUGAUAGAAGAGCAAGGCAUGUCAUUGAGAGCAUUGGAGCAAAGGUCAGGAGCCCCAAUCUCACAACUCAGCUAUCAGAUGUGGAGCAGCAGAUCAGAGCAGAGCUGAGUUGGAAUCAGCAUGAUUACCAGAUCUGGAGGAUUGCACAAGCAAAGGAUGAGGACUAUAAGGAGCUCUUCAGCAGGCCAGAUCAGGCAAAACAGCAGAUGAGGAAGUGUGUGUUGCAUUUCUCUGAUCAGAUCCCAUUGUGGGUCAAGAAGCCUAGCAACAAAGAAGUUUUUGCAGCACAUGAGGCCAAGAAAUCUGCAAAGGAUGUUACAAGCCAUAGAGAGAAGAUCAGGGAGGAACUGGAUAAGAAAGCGCAUGAGAAGGGCAUUGUAGAAACAGAAAAUCAGCAGAAGGGAGAUGAGGAAAAGGAUCAGCAGAUUGUUCCUCAUGAUGAAGGUGAGGAAUGGCACAUUCCUGAAGCAGCAGAUCGCAAAUCAUCAGGCAAGAAACAUUUGACUACAAUGAGAGAACAAAAUGUUGACAAGUAUCGCAUUACAUUCGAAGCCCAUCAGAGUGUCCUCAACUUCUUUGACCCUGAUGAGAACCCAUUAGGUGUGGUUAGCCCUGGCAUCCUGAUUGUGCCAGGGCCACAUGCCUCUCUGGCAAACAUCAGUGAAACAGGAGAGUGGCUGCAGGAUGAGACCUACACCUACAUGGGACAGAAGAGAACUCAUAAGAAAGGCAACAAUGUGGGCAGGACAUUAGAACCUUGGAGGAAGCUGAGAAAGGAUGAGCCACAGCUGCUGAGGCAUUUCCAUGUCUAUUCUCAGCCAUCAUCGAACACUGAUGGGAUCAUCAUGUCCUGGGUCAUCAGAGACAUGAGCCACAAGGCAGGCAUGAGACUGCACCAAAGAGAUUGCUUUGGAGCAGCAUUUGUGGAUCAGGUGAGGCAGAUGCAGUUUUUGGCACAUGAGGUGCCAUCUUCCAUUGUUGCAAAGAUGACAUCAGCUCUCCAACUCACAGAUACUGACUUUAGUCGUCAGUUUAAAGCUUGUGUGAGGCAGUCAGUUGAUGAGACCAUGAGAACGGGAAUGCAGAAGCAGAGAAGGGAUGAGGCAACUCCAAGUGAGCAGUACAAGAUGAGCUUGAGGGAUGUAGCUGUUGCAUUGGACAGCAGCAUGCAGAGGAUGAUUGAUAGAAAUGAUGAAGAUCAGUGGGUGCUGGCAGGAUUGAGGAGAAAUGGGUUUUUAGCAUUCAGGCCAGACAGAUCAGGCCACAUGGUGUACCAGCAGGAUCAAAGCUGGUGCAAGGAUAAGCCAAUAGGCAGCACCAGAAUCAGCAGCCAUUGGCUGAAGAAUCGUAUGAGCUGGAUCAAAGAAGCAGGAAGAUCAGUGGAUCCACCAUCUCAUAGUCAGGAAACAAUAUAUUAA